GACGGCUGUUGAUUGGUUCUCAGCCGUAUCCGGUGGGGCAGCGGUCCAGGGCUCGGGAAAAAAAUCGAAGCGAGGAGGAUCUGGUAACGGUACGCCUUGAGAAAUAUUAACCAUCCCGAGUCUCCAACGAAGGGCUCGGCAGGAAUUCACACUUUCUUGUGAGUAUAUUUUAUUUUUCAAAUAAGCGGAUAGCAUGACCUCUGGAUGGGUGAAAAUUGUUUCCUCCGUCUCUCGUUUGUUUAUGAUAGAACUCAAGAUGGCGUCAUUGGAGGAGAGCUUUGCCUUUGCAUAGCGCUAGCAAGCUAUGCAUCAAACUAGACACACUCUAAAGCACAACGUAGGCCCGAUAUUUACGAGAAAAACUUAAAAACAUUCCUUUAUCAUAUAUUUACGAGUCUUAUUCGGUAGUGUAAUACAGUGUAGCUAUCAUUUUAGCAGCAGUCCACUUGCUCUGAGUUCCUCUGCUGCAGCCGCCUCAUGAAGCCUCCUGACCUAGACGGUAUUACAGACAGGACAUUAGCUUUACUCCGUGUUAACAAGCGAAACCAAUCACUCUUAUUUGCUGUCUGAAGUUUGUAUUGUAUCAUGUAUUCUCCAGUAAUUCCCAUCAUCUCUUGUUCAGCAAGGUCAUUUGUGCAUCGCAGUGUUUUCUCUAAUUAAAUUGACAGCCCGCUCCUCAGUAUACAGAGCAGGCGGUGCUGCAGCUUUCACUGGACCAAACACUUGCAUGUUAUUGUUGGCUUUCACUUGAUCAGAUUUUUUUAACACAUGUACCAACUCACUCAUAAUUAAAGGCCUGGUAGAUGAAAUUCAAUUUAUACCACCUGUCUUGACAUUAGUAUCACUUUAACGCUCUUGUGGUAGAUUUAGAUGAAAGUAAACCUGAAAGAGUUUCCAUCAUGAUCCUGGUUAGUUGCAUAAAUAUGCAGGCGUCAUCUUUGAUAACAUGGCAAGUAAUCUUCCCUUUCCCUUGUCAGAUUAGAAAUCACCCGAAUCCUGUUAAUCUGAUGCACAUGCAUGAAACGCUUGCAGGGAUAGGAGGGAUCAGUCUGCUUGCCUGUGUGCUCCAGGGGACCCGAUUACUUAUCUAAACUGCACAUGCUGGGUACAUCGGGGCUUUGCAAGGCCUUCCUGUUUUAGACCACACUGCUAGAUCAAGCUUUCUGAAGAAGCUUAUAUCACAUGAUCUAGGAUCUGUCAAGCUAUUUUGCCCUGCUGCGGUAUGGUGCACUUAAAUGUUAAAACUCCAAGUAUCUUCGUUUUGGUUUGUUUCGGUGUGGACUGACUCUCUGACCUUCCUCUUACUAUUCAUCUCUAAUCAGGCCUGGUCCACAAAAGUGAAAGGCCUCCAUUUAAACUGGUGAAAAGUCAAAUUGUUCGGAGUAAAUAAACCCAGGAUGGAUCUGCUGCCUGGCCUAGUUUCUCAACUGUAGUCAGAAAUGUGUGAUCACAUCAUAUGACCAGUUUUCUAUCCUGACACUGAGGAGCACUCCGACUCCUCCUCAUUGCCAAACAACACCCAUCUCUCAGAGUCUUCUCACUCUGGCUCGAUUUCUCUCACGUUCUCAUGUUUUCUGUCUGUCUUUUUCUCAGCACGACACACAGACAGCCCCUACUCUGUUUUGCCCUAUGCUGUACUCUGAUGAUCUGAAUUAAUUCCCUCCACCCCACCCCCACCCCAUGUAACUGUCCACUCUCUCUCCAGCACAAAGGUUAGAGGUCACAGAGCAGGGUCAUCGUUGUCGUCAUGGCAUCUGGAAGUACGAGCAGCGAGGAGGAGCGGAGCCUGAGGGAGUGUGAGCAGUACGUGCAGAAACACAACAUUCAACAGCUGCUGAAGGAUUGCAUUGUCCAGCUGUGCACCUCUAGGCCAGACAGGCCCAUGGCCUUCCUCAGGGAGUACUUCGAAAGGCUGGAAAAGGUUUGUGUGUGUGUGUAUGUGUGUGUGUAUGAGGUUUUUGGUUUUCCUUCUUGGUCUAAUGGAGAGAGCUGAUCAUCAUGUACACCAGCCCCUUAAUGUCUCAUAAGGAAUCUGAUAUUUCCACCUGAUAGCUGUAUUAUUUAUUAAGGCCCGACCAACAUGGUUUUUUUGGGGCUGAUACCGAUUAUUGGGCCGAUUAAUCGGCCAAUUUUUUAAAAUUUUUAUGAAGUUAUAAUAUAUAUACAUACUGUAGAUAUCUACAGUAUACUAUGUACUGUAGAUAUACUGUAGGCUGUAGCUCGAUCACUUAACGUGUACUGCUGUUUAUUCUACUGUUACUGGCACGGCUAACAGUGUAGCAAGGCUAAUAGCAGAUGGCUAACUCUAACUUUAGCUUGCAUAUCACAUGGUGCUUCACCGUUCACUUGGCGUGACCGAGACCAGCACAGCGGGGAACUUCUACUUCACAAACUGGUUCAUUUACUGUUGAGGCGAACCACUCUCCUCCGUGGUUCCCUGAGCUGCCUGCAUCAGAUCCGUCACUCUGCUGUGCUGUGAGGUUAGUUCGUGGAUGAAGAUUGUCAUGAGGUCGUUGCGCCAUCUACAGGAUAAGUCGGGGGAUCUUUUCAAACAGUGGAACAUUUUCAAAGUGAAACCGAAUCUUAUUCUCCGCAUUUUAUUUCUGAAAAUAUCGUCAAAAAUCAGCAAGUUUUGCCCGAUUACUGAUUAGUCUCAAAAGGGCUAAAAUUGGCAGAUUUAAUCAGCUUGCCGAUAAAUCGGUCGGGCCCUAAUAUUUAUACUUGCUCUGGCUUUAUUUUCUUUUCAUUUUUCAUUCAAGAACCCUCAGAAGUUGCCAUGAACCUCAGUUGCAACCAACUAAUAGCAUGCUAAACCCGAGUGUGAUAACAUCUUUUGUGACAUGAGAUUUGCAAUACAAAAAUUUUUGUCAAGGUGAUAAGCUGUCUCACAAGAUCAGCACACAGUUACAAAAAGAUAGCGCUUGGUGGAUUUAUCAUUUUGAACCGUAUUCAAAAAAUUACUCCAAUGUAAUUGCAGUGCUGUAUGUGUGGUGAAAAAGGCACUUCCAUAACAACUAAAGAAUUGGAAAAAGUGAGAAGAUAAAAGAAAGUCAGAACUUGUUCUUGCUAUAAAUAGUCACUGAGGCUGAGAGACACAGAGGUAAGACUUGGUAAUAACAGGCUACAGUCGGGUCGUGUUGACAGCUUUCAAUAGUAUUGAAAAGAAGACGUAAAUGUAGAGUGGAAAAACUGACUGACUGUGUUUCCACCUGCAGUACACAGUGAAUGGCCCUUUUAGACGUAAAUCUGAUCAUUCACAACCGUCUAAGAUUAGAGUACUGCUUAGGUGAACUAGUAAACAUCUCUCUGCCUUUAAUAAGCGCCAUUGGACUAACAUGUCCCUGAUGGCACUUUUACAGGGCUUAUGUGUCGUCUUUACUGCGUUUGGGUCAUUCAUACUCAGAAAGCAGAACUGAAGUGACAUUUACUGUAAGAUGAUGGCCAGUGAAAACAUUUCAAAAUUGAAUAUAUGUUUUAUAUUUUGUUACUUCUGUUUGAAAGAAAAUACUUUUACCAUUUUUUUAGUAGUGGUAAAAUCUCGUCUCGUCUUGCUCUCAUUAGUCUAAUCCUGCUUCUUGUCUCGUCUUUUGAGCCGAAUGUCUCAAACACCUAAACUAAAGCUGCACCAGUCACAGUUUUACUCCAGCUCGUUCAUGUAUGUCCAGUUCAUCAUGUUUCAUUGUUUCAGCUGUUUGAGCACUUUGUUUUCAUUUCUGUGCAACUAAACCAAGUGAACAUAUAAGAUGUAUUCCAGGAACCAAUCAGCUUUGAGUAAAGUACAGAAUCUUCAUCUAGCAAUCUCUGUGAACACUGUAACGUAUAAAUGUAAAAAAGAACAAAAAAGGUUGUUUUGAUGGUGCUGUUGAUAGUCUCAUCUGACACCUGCCAGGCAUCAGCAUUAAAACCACCUGUGUAGAAAUAACUUAUCUUCUCACUGAUGGUACUUUGCUUUUGCAAUACAGGAAGAGGCCUCAGUAUUAAUGUCAGUGGGUUUAACGAUCAUCUAAAUCUCCUCACGGGACCCUCACUUUGAAACAACCAGAUUAAUUUCAGGCAAUACUUCGAAAAGUCAAAAAGCCAAAGCAGGCCUUGCAUGGUUUGGAUCAAAUGUAUUAGAACAAGUGACACUCGGGUGCUUUUAUUGUGGUGAGAAAGACUUGACCCUCAGAGGGUUUUAAUUCAUGAGAAGUCUUUAUUUCACCACACAAAGAGGCUCAUCGUAGCAGUUACUGGUUCAACUCCCUGCCUCGACCCUUUGCUUCGACCCUCACUCUCUGCUGCAAAAAUGCCCCAAAAUAUAACCUCUGUUUUUUAAAAAUGUGCUGGAACAACCUUUUUUUCAGUUAUUGAUUAUACAGCUGUAGAUAAAAGGUACAGAAGAUUUUCAACCUGGAUUUGGAGGGUUAGAUUGUAUUUUUUCUGAAGUCCAUGGGCCAGACUUUGUUUGUUUGUUAAUAAGUAGACUAACUGUGUUUCAGAGUUGAGGAUCAAGAGACCAUGCAGCGGGACAUUAGUGUUUCCCUCAGGUAAACAAGCUGAUGCAGAGUCACAUGAGCUACCAUGCACCUUGGUAGAUAGAAGAGAGGUCACUGCACAUCAUGACUUCGACCUAAGCUAUCCUAAAUCAUUUGAAAUUUUCUGUUGCGGGCCCAAAAUUAUGGAACGAGCUACCCCUCCAAAUCAGACAAGCCCCCACACUGUCCAUUUUUAAAACUCGUCUUAAAACCCAUUUUUAUUCAUUGGCUUUCAACCCUGCAUGAGACUCGGCUCCUGUUUUAGUGUUUUAUGGUUUGUUUUUAGUUAUUUGUUUCUAUUGUUUUUAAAUUAGUUUUUAAAAACAUUGAAACUAUAUUUUACUUUUUAAUAUCUGCUUUUAUUUUAUCCAUUGUCUUAAUUAUUUUUUUUACGUCUGCGUUGUUUUGCCUAUUUAUGUACAGCACUUUGUUCAGCUGUGGUUGUUUAAAAGUGCCUUACAAUAAAGUUGAGUUGAGUUGAAAUAGACAGCAUUUUGGUUUCUACAUAUACAAUGCUCUAAUGCAGGUUUUUCAACCUUACAAGGAUGUUUGCUAAGAAUAACUAAAGAAUCUUCAGACUGAGUCAGUAAUGAUAAAGUUAAAUAACUAUUAAUUUUUUGAAUUCAUAAAGUUGCCACCUAGCCAAGCAGUUAAAGCGCAUGCCUCAUUUACUGAGGCUUCAGACUUUCUCACAGCCGCGUCUUCCUGUCUGACAAAAAACCAAACCAAACAGUUAUUUAAAAAUGUAGAUUUUUUGUUUCUGACGGAUGUUUUGAGUCUAGUUGUAUUUUUUCGAAGUUGAAACUUCAGUCUUUACAUCAUGAAGCAUUGUGUCGAGCUGAAUGGAUAAACGGUGCUCUAUGAAUAAUCCUGGAUUGAACUUGGUUGAACUCUACCUUGGAUAAACCUGACGGUCCACUGACUUCUCUCCUUCCUUCCCUGUCUUGUUCCAGGAGGAGGCCAAGCAGAUCCAGAACCAGCAGAAGGCCAGUUCUCGCUCAGACUCCCGGGAUGAGGAGGUGUCACCUCCCAUGAACCCCGUGGUGAAGGGUCGCAGGCGGAGAGGAGCAUUUAGUGCAGAGGUUUACACAGAAGAGGAUGCAGCCUCUUACGUCAGAAAGGUAGACACAUGCAGACCACACUCCGUUUCUACGCCAUCAGUUUGACAAUAGACAAGUAGUGCGAUGACUUCAAUGUGGUCGAAACUUUGAAGUGACUGACAUCUUUACUCAAGUCGUUCCUGUUUGUUUUUCUCAGGUCAUUCCGAAAGACUACAAGACGAUGGCAGCCUUGGCCAAAGCCAUUGAAAAGAACGUUCUUUUCUCACACCUGGACGACAAUGAAAGGAGGUACCUGUCCCUCCAAAGAUGAUUAUUCUUUAAAGGUUCAACUAAUAACAUUGGGAUGAUUGUAUUAACCAAAGAUUGUGUUCCCUUUCAGUGACAUAUUCGAUGCAAUGUUCCCAGUUACCUACAUUGCAGGAGAAACGGUUAUUCUACAGGGUAGGGUGGCAUUUUUCUUUUUUUUUUUUUGGAGUUUAAUGUAAAAAAAAAACAAAAAACUUUGUUAGCAUAGUAGCAUGUGAUGCUAACAGUAUUCAUUCUUUAUCCAGGUGAUGAGGGAGACAACUUUUAUGUUAUUGACCAAGGGGAGAUGGACGUGAGUUUGAUGUCAUAGAUUUCUAAAAAGCAUUUUUAAGCAACUAACAAACCCAGAAGUUUCACACUCUGUUGUUGUGGUUUUUGUGUUUUCUUGCAGGUGUACGUGAACAAUGAAUGGGUGACCAGCAUCGGGGAGGGCGGUAGCUUUGGUGAGCUAGCCCUGAUAUACGGCACCCCGAGGGCAGCCACAGUCAGAGCUAAGACCAAUGUGAAGCUGUGGGGCAUCGACAGAGACAGCUAUAGGAGAAUACUUAUGGUGAGGAGAGGAGUUUGUGUGAUAUUUAAGCCAGAGCCAAAGUGUGGUACAGAUUGUUCCAUUUGAAUGCAGUCACACUGAAAGAGAAAUAUCGAUCUUUUUUAUUUUUCAGGGAAGCACUUUGAGAAAGAGGAAGAUGUACGAGGAAUUCCUCAGGAAAGUGUCCAUUCUAGGUGAGUUUGCUUUACAAAACCAGCCUCAACACAAAAUACGAAAAUAGAUAAAAAGGAGCAAAUAUCUCUUUUGGUGUUUGGAUUUAAAAAUAACCAGAGAGAGCUUAAAAUAGCUCAAAACGAGGCUGAUAACAGGUACAGAUUUUUGUCGUUUCAUCUGACUCUUCUCUGUGUCCUGUCUUUGCUUCAGAGUCUCUGGAUAAAUGGGAGCGUCUGACGGUCGCUGACGCCUUGGAGCCCGUUCAGUUUGAGGAUGGUCAGAAGAUUGUUGUGCAGGGAGAGCCUGGAGACGAGUUCUUCAUCAUCUUGGAGGUAAGCCACCUCUCACACUCACAUGCUUUGAUGAAUGUUGAGUUAAAAUGGCAGAAUUUUAUCUCUUAACUCUGUGGUGUCUCAAAAAAUCUCAUGAAGCUCUUCUACAGCUGAUUGUUGUAUUUCCUUUUAUUCAUUUACAUGAGAGGGACAAUGCAAAUGCCUGUUACAAACCAGCUGUUGUCACUGAUGUUUUGCAUAAAGAGAUGGUAGCUGGGGCAGUGUUGGAUCCACAUGUGGCUUGCUGUUGUUUCAUUUUAACUUUCUCUAUUGCUUGUCAACCACACAUGUGCGCCCUCUGGUGGGGAAAUGAAAACAGCCCAGAGCUGUGCGUCCUUUAGGCCAGAAACUAAUAUAUUAAUUGAGGAAAUACGAAUUUGCUUCUCUUGAGGUUCAAAUAGGACAAAAGUAAUUUCUAUAAAGUGUAUAUUGUGAGAAACUUUUCCUUUCUUCAGUUUUUCAGAUAUUUGUUUGACAGUCUGAUGAAUUGGUCACUUGAGAAAAAAAAAUCUGGACUAACAUUGAUCAACAAUUUUCAAAUAAAUAUUAAAAAAUAAGCUUUAACAGCGUUAGUGUUGUUGAAUUAUUUAAAAAAAAUAAACAGAAAAAACAAGAAAAGUGAAAUUCAGUAUCAAAGUGAUGUCAAUGCCAGCAUACAUGAGAAGAUUUCUUUAAAUAGAUUGAUGUGUAUUUAUUUCCUGCCCAAGAUCGGAUAUCUUCUUGGUUCCGUGUUUUUUUAUGUGUCUAACUGUUAAAAAUGUACAAUUUUAAAGACUUCAAGGACCCUAAAUCUAAAGUUGUGGCUAAAUAAUCAAUACAACUCCCUCACCUCUCAGCACUAGAGUUACGAGUCAGUCUAACAGAUUAUUAGUAUUUCUGUCUUUCCUGGCCUGAAACUCCGUCCAUAUGUUGUUGUGCACCCACUAGCUGGGGCUGCAGCUCUGGCGAACGGCUGCUGCUAUGAUGCCAUAAUGUUCUUUCCUCUCAGACUAAACAAGCACGGCUGACAGAAGGCAUCUUGGUGCAGUUUGGCAGUGUUUGGAUCUAGAAAAUAGAGAAGUUGUGUGUUGGCUGUAUCAGAAACGGCAUAUUUAACUACUGGACUGGAACAAAAAUGGACUGUUCAUCAUUAAAAAUGCUCAGAAGUUUAUAUAAUCGAUAAAUGCAUUAUAGAAGAUUUAUCAGAGUUAACUUUAAGUGUUAUCAUUUACUAAAUUGUGUUUGUUCUUCAGGGCUCUGCAGCCGUGUUGCAGCGUCGCUCAGAGAACGAAGAAUUUGUGGAAGUGGGGCGGUUAGGACCAUCCGACUACUUUGGUAAGAACUGCAGUCUUGAUACAGCAGCUCAGUCUCGUCUGUAUUUAGAAAAUGUCUUUUUGUAGCUCCAUGAUAUUGAAGGAUGUCAGCUUCUAUGGUUGAUGAGCGGUGUGUGUGUGUGUUUGUUCUCUAGGUGAGAUCGCUCUGCUGAUGAACCGUCCUCGUGCAGCCACUGUGGUCGCCCGCGGCCCCCUGAAGUGCGUCAAGCUGGACCGGCCUCGCUUCGAGCGCGUCCUGGGCCCCUGUUCAGACAUCCUCAAACGUAACAUCCAACAGUACAACAGCUUCGUGUCGCUCUCUGUCUGAAGGGGGCGCUCUCCCUCUAUUCCACCCUCCUUCUCCCUCCACCCUCCUCCCUCCUUUUAGACCCAGGGUCCACCAAUGCAAUUUGCUUUCCUCGUCACUUUCUUCUUCUCUUUUUUCUGUUCGCUUUCCUUUUUUUUUUUUUUCCCACUUUCCACACGGAGAUUGAUUUUAUCGUUACCACCCCUCAUGCUGAGGUGACUUUCAGCCAUUCACCAGCGCUUGUACCAGCUGCUGUAUGCUACCUUGUAGGCACAGUUACAUCACAUGUUACCUAUGUUAAAUAUAAAUGUACUUGCUGGUUAUGCUUUCUUUUUUUCGAUGUAAACACAGAGCGGGAUUGUUAGGAGAUCUGGAAGACAUUAGGGUCUCGGACUGAUAAGACAGGACAAUCAACCUUUACACGGCGCUUUGGGGAGUUUGUUACAGAUUUGCGUUUGUAGAUUGAAGUGAAGAGAGGACUGCUUUUCCCGUUACACAGUUUUCAUCCUGCUUGAUUAAUCAGCAUAGAAACAAAACUAGAAGCUGAAGAAAGUACGUGAUCGCAUCAGUUUUUUCGCUUCAAGGUUUCAGCUGUUUGAUGGUUGGAGUCUGUUUUAGGAGUCGGCUUCGCUUCUUUCCAGAGAGCCCUCAGAACUUUUCAUUUAAAUGUGCAGCUACCAGGCUAGUGCCAAAAGUUGAUUGUCGUCCCACCGUAAGGAUGCAUAGCCGUGGAAAACGCAGCGCAAGUUCUCUCCCCUUCGUACCUGAGGCUCCAAACAGGAUGUAGUUAUCACCCUUCUUACUGUCCUUCGAAUGGGUAGAACAACCGUACAUGAACUGCCUUGACAACUCUGAGGGAAAAAUAUAUUUAAAAAAAAGAAAGUAAAAAAAAAAAAAAAGAGUAUUAAGUGUAUUUCAGUAUUGAAUUUUUGUAGUAUAAACCAAAUAACUUGGUCACUCUUCUGCUAUGGUUUGUAAUCAGAAAUGUUAUCAUAGUAUAGUAAAAUGAUCAUAGUUCUAUUAUUAUCAUUGACUUAAUGAUGAGCUUAUAAUUUGGAGUGAUGGUGAUCUUAAAUAAAAUAUGUUUAACUGUCUUUUGUAAACACUUAUUUUUCCAUAAAUUCUAUUUUAGGUGUCCAGUGCCACAAAGUAAAAAAAAAAAAAAAAAGCUUCUUCUUGUCAAACGACAAACCAGUAUGUAAUCGUAUUGUGUAAAAACAUCAUGGGAUUGAAGUUUUAAACGAAAUCUAAAGGCUAGAUUCCAGGUUUAUUGAAGUGACGUCUUGAAAGGAGAUUGUUUUAUGGAAUUCAGGACAUGAGAAGUAUUUAUGUGUGAAAGCAUCACAGGCUGAGUGAGUGGAUAUUUAUUUAAAAACUUGUGUCAUUGCUUCUUGCCUGGUGAAAAGGUGGCUGUCUUUUCAUCAGCAUAGCUUGUGAUCUGUUUUCUCUAUGCUUAUUUGGCAUGAUGUAUUAGACAUCCACUAAUCCGGUAUGAAUGGAGGCGUGUAUUUAAAAAAAGAAAAAGUGUUUCCUGCAUCGGCGGGAAUAAUUGGUUUGUUACUCCCUAGCUUAACUGCUUCAUGACUAUUUAGAUGACAAAAUGUUCCGUCUCUGUCUUUUUUUUUUUCUUCUUUUUUAAAAGAUCUUUACCAAAUCACACAUUGUUGACUUCUGGAUUAAAGGCUUAACUCUUCAUUCCUGCCUCACUAGCUGUUAACAGAAACAUUCAUGCGUCUGUUUUUGUCUCAUUCAGAGCAAUUUUACGCGCUUAGAAUUGAGAUGUGUGUUCGUGUGUGCAAAAAAGAUUUGAUUUUGGUGCCGAUUGCAGGGUAGUCACAUUAGUGAGAGAAGUUUUUGUGAAUGGAAAUGAGUGUAUAUUUUUUUUUCUUUAUUGUUUAAUUGAUCAUCUUUAUCCGACCCCUCUUUAACUGUGAGGAUCUUCUUUUGGAUUUGGUUACAUGUUGAUUUGUUUCCAUAUGUCCCGAUCCAAAGGGAUGGAUAGUUUCUUGGCGAGGGGUUCGUGUCAUCCUGUCAGAACACAGUUUUCAUGUAAAUAACAGCAUCAUCAGUUUUAGUCCAAAAUGUCACUCUGCAAUCGUCCCGGUUUGCCUUAGCUUACCUAACCUGGGCUUUCAGUAGUCGUCGGUCACUCCUGCUAGCCCGAAAACCUUCAGUGAGUUUGUUCGGCCCGCAGCGCAGAGAGCUGCAGGCGACCAGAGGACCAUUCUUUUUCUAUUCUACCCUGUAUUCAGUUUGACCUCCUCUAUGUGCAAAGAUGUUUAUCCUUUUGGUAUAGAUUGUUCCAGAUGGCAGUUUAAGCAAUAAAAAAGUAAAAAUAACCCAG